ACCGGAAGUGAGUGUGCAUUUCCGGCGGGCAGGGGCAGCGGGGCUCUGCUCAUCCUCCCCCUCCUCAUCCUCUUCAUCCUCCUCCCGCUCCUCCCGCUCCUCUCCCGCCGCCAUGAAGGACGUACCGGGCUUCCUGCAGCAGAGCCAGAGCUCGGGGCCGGGUCAGGCCGCCGUCUGGCACCGCCUGGAGGAGCUCUACAACAAGAAGCUCUGGCACCAGCUGACUCUGCAGGUUUUGGACUUCGUGCAGGACCCGUGCUUUGCCCAAGGAGAUGGGCUCAUCAAGCUCUACGAGAACUUCAUCAGCGAGUUUGAGCACAGGGUGAACCCCUUGUCCCUGGUGGAGAUCAUCCUGCACGUGGUCAGGCAGAUGACAGACCCCAACGUGGCCCUGACUUUCCUGGAAAAGACUCGAGAAAAGGUGAAGAGCAGUGAUGAGGCUGUCAUCCUGUGCAAGACUGCCAUCGGGGCUCUCAAGCUGAACAUUGGGGACCUGCAGGUCACCAAGGAGACGAUUGAGGAGGUGGAGGAGAUGCUGAACAACCUGCCCGGGGUCACCUCUGUGCACAGCCGCUUCUACGACCUCUCCAGCAAGUACUACCAGACCACGGGCAGCCACGCCUCCUACUACAAGGAUGCUCUGCGCUUCCUGGGCUGCAUCGACGUCAAGGACCUGCCAGUCUCAGAACAGCAGGAGAGAGCCUUUACCUUGGGGCUGGCAGGGCUCCUGGGGGAAGGUGUCUAUAACUUCGGGGAGCUGCUCAUGCACCCGGUGCUGGAGUCUCUGAGGAGCACUGACAGGCAGUGGCUGAUUGACACCCUCUAUGCCUUCAACAGUGGCAACGUGGAGACCUUCCAGGCUCUGAAAUCAGCCUGGGGGCAGCAGCCAGAUCUGGCUGCAAAUGAAGCACUUCUGCUGCAGAAGAUUCAGCUGUUAUGUCUUAUGGAGAUGACUUUCACCCGACCAGCCAACCACAGGCAGCUCACUUUUGAGGAGAUUGCCAAGAGUGCCAAAGUCACUGUGAACGAGGUGGAACUGCUGGUGAUGAAGGCACUCUCAGUGGGCUUGGUGAAGGGCAGCAUUGAUGAAGUGGAUAAGAAGGUCCACAUGACAUGGGUCCAACCACGUGUGUUGGAUUUGCAACAGAUCAAAGGGAUGAAGGACCGCCUGGAAUUCUGGUGCACAGAUGUGAGGAGCAUGGAGAUGUUGGUGGAGCACCAAGCUCACGACAUCCUGACCUAGAGGACCUUGCACUACCCCUGGGAGAGUGAUUCCUCCUGCUGCUGCUGCUGGCAGCACUCAAACCACUGACUGUUCUGAAUUCUAUCCGAGGGGUGGGUAGGCAGAGGGGGGAGCAGCUUUUUUAUGCUUGUUGGGAGGAAUAAGUGGCCUUUUGCUGUGAAACCCUUUGGUGCUUGGAGUCAAGACUUCCCUACGUGCUAGCAUGAGUGGUACUGAGCACCAGAGCUCCCGUCCUGCUCUGGCUGCAGGACAGAGGCUCAGCAGUGGUGGAUGCCUCAGCCUCGGGAUGGGGCUGGUGUGGGAGGCUCUGGUGCUGGGUGUGUGCCACGGGAGCAGGGACUGCCUGCCUGGGGGCAGCUGGAGCUCCUUCACACAGACAUCUGGAGAGGUGCCUGACCCUCGUGUGUGGUGUUUCUGGGGCUGCUGGCCUUAGGAGGAAGGUAUGUCCUUCCCUGGGGACCCCCCUGCCCCCGCAGCAGGCAGCAUGGCUUCAAUCGUUGCUCUCCCUUUGCCCUCUUCCUCCUCCUUGCCUGCAGUAGAGGGAGUGUUCACUCCAUCAAAGGGUUUUUCCCAGGAUUACCAUUCAGUGGAUGUGUUUUUAUAUACUUUUGGGGGUGGUUGUCUUUUACGAACACUUUGUGCUAAAGUGAGGUGUGGCAAUACUGCUGGAAUAAACUUCUCUGCCUUCCCUUUUCUGUA